AUGGCCUCCACCAUACUACACCUCCGCUCCGAGACCAAGCCGCUCGAGCACCGGAGUGCCCUGACGCCCACCACAGCCAAGAAGCUGAUCGAGGCCGGCUACACCAUCAAUGUCGAGCGCAGCCCCGAGCGCAUCUUUGACGACAGCGAGUUCGAGGCCGUUGGCGCAACGCUUGUCCCCGAGGGCAGCUGGCCGAAUGUCCCCAAGGACCACAUCAUCAUCGGCUUGAAGGAGCUACUCGAGGAGGACUUUCCCCUCAAGCACGUUUUUGUGCAUUUUGCGCAUUGCUAUAAAUUUCAGGACGGGUUUGAGACAGUCCUGGCCCGCUUCCCUCGCGGCGGUGGCACUCUCCUUGAUCUCGAGUUCCUUGUAGACGACAACGGUAGAAGAUGCGCUGCGUUCGGCUACCAUGCAGGCUUUGCUGGUGCAGCUCUGGCGCUUGAGACGUGGGCGUGGCAACUGAACCAUACCGACCCCUUCCCCGGCGUAGCUUCAUACCCGAACGAAGACGCUCUGAUUGCAGAUGUGCAGAAGGCGCUCGCAGAGGGCAAGGCAAAGGCCGGCCGCUUCCCUCGUGUAAUCGUCAUUGGGGCCCUGGGCCGUUGUGGCCGUGGUGCCGUGGAUGCCUUCACUCGUGCUGGUGUGCCGGAUGAGAAUAUCCUUCGGUGGGAUAUCCAGGAAACGUCCGCGAAGUCUGGUCCAUACAAAGAGAUCACCGACAGUGACAUCUUCGUCAACUGUAUCUAUCUCACCUCUAAGAUUCCCCAUUUUGUCAACUUUGAGAGCCUCAAGGAUGCCGAUCGCAAGCUGAGCGUGGUGUGCGAUGUGUCUGCAGACACCACGUCGCCAUUUACACCUGUCCCCAUCUACACCGUUGCUACCACCUUUGACAAGCCCACCGUGCCUGUCGAGGUCGAGAGCGGGCCCAAGCUCAGCGUCAUCAGCAUCGACCACCUGCCGUCGUUGCUGCCGAGAGAAGCCUCCGAGGCAUUCAGCAGCGACCUCCUGCCGUGCCUCCUGGGCCUCAAGGACUGGCGCAACCACCCGGUGUGGUCGAGAGCGGAGAAGCUGUUCCAGGAGAAGGUGGCGGCUCUACCCCCUAGCGCCCUGGAGAAGUAG